AUGGAUCUCAUAAUCAUCAUCGCCUCGAUUAAAGGAGACAAAAAUCUUGUGGCUCGAUGGAUUACAGCCGGGGAGAAUAUAGAAUGUAAAAGCCUAGGCGGGUAUACUCCAAUCAUCUUCGCCUCGACUUUUGGACACCAAGAGGUGGUGGAUCUAUUGAUUAAAGCGGGGGCGAAUAUAGAAUGUAAAGACAAUGGCGGGAAUACUCCAAUCAUCUUCGCCUCGACUUUUGGACACCAAGAGGUGGUGGAUCUAUUGAUUAAAGCGGGGGCGAAUAUAGAAUGUAAAGACGAGGGCGGGUAUACUCCAAUCAUCCUCGCCUCGAUUAAAGGACACCAAGAGGUGGUGGAUUUAUUGAUUAUAGCGGGGGCGAAUAUAGAAUGUAAAGACAAUGGCGGGAAUACUCCAAUCAUCAUUGCCUCGAUUAAAGGACACCAAGAGGUGGUGGAUCUAUUGAUUAAAGCGGGGGCGGAUAUAGAAUGUAAAGACAAUGGCGGGAAUACUCCAAUCAUCAUCGCCUCGAUUAAAGGACACCAACAGGUGGUGGAUCUAUUGAUUAAAGCGGGGGCGAAUAUAGAAUGUAAAAACAUUAGCGGGAAUACUCCAAUCAUCAUCGCCUCGAUUAAAGGACACCAAGAGGUGGUGGAUCUAUUGAUUAAAGCGGGGGCGAAUAUAGAAUGUAAAGGCAAUGGCGGGAAUACUCCAAUCAUCUUCGCCUCGAUUAAUGGACACCAAGAGGUGGUGGAUCUAUUGAUUAAAGCGGGGGCGAAUAUACAAUGUAAAGACAAUGACGGGAAUACUCCAAUCAUCAUCGCCUCGAUUAAUGGACACCAAGAGGUGGUGGAUCUAUUGAUUAAAGCGGGGGCGAAUAUAGAAUGUAAAGACAAUGACGGGAAUACUCCAAUCAUCAUCGCCUCGACUAAUGGACACCAAGAGGUGGUGGAUCUAUUGAUUAAAGCGGGGGCGAAUAUAGAAUGUAAAGGCAAUGGCGGGAAUACUCCAAUCAUCAACGCCUCGAUUAUAGGACACCAAGAGGUGGUGGAUCUAUUGAUUAAAGCGGGGGCGAAUAUAGAAUGUAAAGACAAUGGCGGGAUUACUCCAAUCAUCAUCGCCUCGACUAAUCGACACCAAGAGGUGGUGGAGCUAUUUAUUAAAGCGGGGGCGAAUAUAGAAUGUAAAGGCAAUGGCGGGAAUACUCCAAUCAUCAUCGCCUCGAUUAUAGGACACCAAGAGGUGGUGGAUCUAUUGAUUAAAGCGGGGGCGAAUAUACAAUGUAAAGACAAUGACGGGAAUACUCCAAUCAUCAUCGCCUCGAUUAAUGGACACCAAGAGGUGGUGGAUCUAUUGAUUAAAGCGGGGGCGAAUAUAGAAUGUAAAAACAAUGAUUUGAAUACUCCAAUCAUCAUCGCCUCGACUAAUGGACACCAAGAGGUGGUGGAUCUAUUGAUUAAAGCGGGGGCGGAUAUAGAAUGUAAAGACAAUGACUUGAAUACUCCAAUCAUCAUCGCCUCGAUUAAUGGACACCAAGAGGUGGUGGAUCUAUUGAUUAAAGCGGGGGCGGAUAUAGAAUGUAAAGACGAGGGCGGGUAUACUCCAAUCAUCAUCGCCUCGAUUAAUGGACACCAAGAGGUGGUGGAUCUAUUGAUUAAGGCGAAGGCGAAUAUAGAAUGUAAAGACAAUGGCGGGACUACUCCAAUCAUCAUCGCCUCGAUUAUAGGACACCAAGAGGUGGUGGAUCUAUUGAUUAAAGCGGGGGCAAAUAUAGAAUGUAAAGGCGAUGGCGGGAAUACUCCAAUCAUCUUCGCCUCGAUUAUAGGACACCAAGAGGUGGUGGAUCUAUUGAUUAAAGCGGGGGCGAAUAUAGAAUGUAAAGACAAUGACGGGAAUACUCCAAUCAUCACCGCCUCGAUUAAUGGACACCAAGAGGUGGUGGAUCUAUUGAUUAAAGCGAAGGCGAAUAUAGAAUGUAAAGACAAUGGCGGGAAUACUCCAAUCAUCAUCGCCUCGAUUAAUGGACACCAAGAGGUGGUGGAUCUAUUGAUUAAAGCGGGGGCGAAUAUAGAAUGUAAAGACAAUGGCGGGAAUACUCCAAUCAUCAUCGCCUCGAUUAUAGGACACCAAGAGGUGGUGGAUCUAUUGAUUAAAGCGGGGGCGAAUAUAGAAUGUAAAGACAAUGGCGGGAAUACUCCAAUCAUCAAUGCCUCGAUAAAAGGACACCAAGAGGUGGUGGAUGUAUUGAUUAAAGCGGGGGCGGAUAUAGCAUGUAAAGGCAAUAGCGGGAAUACUCCAAUCAUCACCGCCUCGAUUAAUGGACACCAAGAGGUGGUGGAUCUAUUGAUUAAAGCGGGGGCGAAUAUAGAAUGUAAAGACAAGGACGGGGAUACUCCAAUCAUCAUCGCCUCGACUGAAGGACAUAAGGAUGUGGUGGAUCUAUUAGUUAAAGCGGAUGCAAUUAUUGAAGUCAGUAACUAUGAAAACGACACUCCGAUAGUUUGCGCAGCUAAAUGGGGUAAUGUUGAAAUUGUUGACGUUUUGUUGAAAGAAGGUGCUUGUUCCAGAAGUUUUAGUUAUGGAUCGCUAUUAAAUAUUGGUGCAACGUUUGGUCGACGACGGGUCGUUGAAUAUCUUUUUAGACGCGGGAUGUCAUUAGAAAUCCGUGACUUGAAAGGAAACACCCCACUUCAAAAUGCUAUCAUAAAGGGUCAUCUCUCUGUGGUCCAACUCCUAAUAAGGAGUGGAGCAGAUACAUCCACAUCAAACUUUUCGUCGGAGAGUAUUAUAUAUUCUGCUGCUUCGUGUGGCCAUGCCGAUAUCGUAAAAUACUUGGGAAGCAGUGAUGCACGGAAGUUAUUGGAUUUGCCCAAUGCCAGUGGAUGGUCGCCUAUUGCCAAGGCAGUUUCAGGUGGUCAUUUUCGGACAGUUAGACAACUUCAUCAGCUUGGAGCUGACAUGAACUGCAGCGUAAAUGGAAAAGGACUGCUUCAUCUAGCAGCUGAGUCCGGUUGCCUAGAUAUCUAUCAAUAUCUUAUCAUCGCUGGGCUUGACUGCAAACGACCCAACAUCCAUGGAUUGAAGGCUUAUGAAUGCUUCCCCUUUCAAUCAAAACUUAAUUAUCAAGCAAGCAACCGAUUAGGACAUUCCUGCGAACAAAGUCUCUCUUACGUCAUGUCGCGAUUAAAUGAGCAAUAUGCUACACCCGCGUAUAGAUACAAACUUUCAGAACUAUCUUGUGUACUGGGACUAGGCAGCGUGAAUAUUAUCAAGGGUGGUGUUUCAGAAACUAUCAUGAGGUUUGUAAGGGAGAAGGAGGUUGUUAAGGGUUCAGAGUUAUGCGGAAGUUCGGCUGAGGGCACGAAGGUUCAGCUGCCUGAUGAAAUGGACUUCCUUAGAUUGGUAUCUCCAAAUCAUCUCUCUCGAAACGAAAUGGUUGACAACUUACAUGGAUAUAAGUAUAUACAAAUUAGAAAAAUUAAGAACAGGUUUUUAUCAAGUAAAGCACUCCAUGAGAUUGAAAGCCAAACCCUACAAUUUAGCACAAAAGCCCAAGAGUCUAAAAAAAGCGGAGAAAUCCGUUUGGAGGCAGUUGCUGGAGGAGGCGGUGCCAGUGUUCCUGUGACUAUCAGAUGGCCCGAUGAUAAACCUUCAAAACGCAUUGUCUCAGACCAUAUAGUAACAACCUUACCUGUAGAUAAUUGGCCCGAUGAUUGGCAAGAUGAUUGGUCCGAUAAUGCACUACAGAACGGAGAGUCUGAAAGUGAGUCUCCUUAUCUCUGUGGAUAUAGUACCGAUAUUUCAUGUUGA